CCAUAGAACGGUUUAUUUAUAACGAAACUAGGUUAAUUUAUAACCCGUUUUUUAGGAAUUGAAAAAGAAAGUUAACACACUAUCUUAACGACCGCUUUGUUGACUUGGAUUAAUAUUCAUCAAUUUUAUUACAGGUGAAAUAAAUGAAAAUGAAAUCAAGGUGUUUCUGGAAGACGGAUAAACUUACCAAAAAUGAGUGUCUUACUGCAGAACAAGACGACAGUGUCCAAAUCCCACAGCCGUCGGAAACUCUUAUCGUUCAAGUAGACGACGGAAAAGUUCCAGUAAAUCCGUCAGACACUUUGAUGUCUAAAAAGUAUCAGAGUCUUUUGAGUCAGGUGAAAGGUUUAAAAGCAUGGACUAAGUUUCUGUCAUGCGUGAACAUAUUAUUUAUGUGUACUCUUGUUUUCACCAUCGUCCGAGAACACUUGGCAUAUGAUAAGAGAAAAGCAGACAACGACCUGUCCUUGAACAUGCAAACGAUAAGUCAGGAUGACAAGACUUUUCUGCAAAAUCUUCUCUCAAAAGAUUCCGGAAAAAUCGUGAAAGAACACAUUUUCUGCACUGCAUGCGAAUCUGUUCGUGGUAUGGAGCAUCUAUUCUUUGAAACGAUUGAAACAAACAAAUGCUGCUUGAAAGACAUCUCAAACCUGAUUCAGCUUAUAAGUUUAACAAAUAUGAAGACCUUGAAUGAGUUCUCAUCUGACAUUAAAGGUUUGGCGUCAAGUAUUGCUGACGUAAGAGAAGACACAGAUGCUUUAAGUAAAGAAAUAUUUAACUCCAAUGAAACUGAUAAUGCGGUCGCAACCACCAAUGGAUCCACCCCGAAGGAGAACAUCAUGUGGGCAAUGAUUAUGAAAAAUAACAAAAUAUUGAACCUAAUACUGAACAGAAGACGUUCAGUUAUAUAUUUAGUUGGAACAGCUUUAGACGAUGGCAUAUAUUGGUCAGUGGAGACGGCAACUGGCGAUUUAUCGUAUGAAGAAAAUAGUAUUCAUGUAAACAGCGGUGGACAAUAUAUGAUAAAUUGCAACAUCCACUUCUCAAAGAACGUCUGCGACGGAACAGAAAACAUCGGUUAUACCAUGAACCAAGAAUAUCGACCUAAUGAAGUGCUACCUCUGGCUCGUACUCGAACUGUUUGUCCAACCGGAAGAAGUAUAGACGAGGACCUACAAUUACAAACCAUUCUUCAAGUCGGACUGGGACAACGAUUGACUCUGAAGCUUGAAUAUGACAAAUCCUUACAGUCUAUGAUAUCGAAAUCAAAUCGAAAUCAUUAUAUUAUCAUGUAUGAAUUAUAAGAUAAUAAUAACUCGACCACAUAAAUGUGGAGGGGGUAGGCUAUACUGGAUUCACUGCGUUUUUCUUCAAACGUGGCUCUAAUUUAAUGUUCACCUUCAAAACUAAUUAUUAAUACACCUUCAAUACUGUACUGUACCAUAAUGAAUACCGGGCUAUAAGUUUUUUCUUUAGCGGCUGUAGUUAAAGGAUAGUAAUUCAAUAUAAUUUUAUCUAAAAUAUAAUAAUUAAACCGUAUUGAUUGGUAUAAAAAUAAUAUUUCGAUCUGAUGUUCAUAUCUAUGGCUGUUGCAAAGACAAUUUUCUUUUUAGAAAUAAAAUUUUGAAAUUACUGCCAAUGUUCAAUAUACAAAUGUACCAAACAAGCUAUUGUGCUAUCCGGUUGGCACCGUGGGGAUACCCACGGUCGAACCAUUAACAGUUAUUAAUUUUAUUAUUAAGUUACAUGUUUAUCAACCGUGGGUAAACCAACGAUGUCCUGUUGAUUGCUCUUGACCAUUAAGCACAUAUUAUGAUAUUUUCCCGCACAAUAUAUGCUACACACUGAAAUACUAAUAUCACAUAGUAUUAUGCCAUUAAACAUAAUCUUUAAAUCAUUUAACUUUAACAUUUCUGAGAGAGAUAAAAUGUAAAAUCACUCUACUGAAAACAUGUAAAAGACUUACCAAUAACAAUUACAGCUCGAUAAGGAUAAUAAUAGAGUGACUCGACGGUCAGGUUCGCUUUUACGAAGUAACACCCUAUCAUAUUAUACAAGUUAUCUCUAGUGAAUCAGCUUAGUGACAUUUCUUACAAAUAUCGAAAUAUAUACAAACUGUCGACGUUACGCAGUUGGUAAGGAUGUUAUCUGUUAAAAUUCUGCUCAAGAUGUAACGGUCUUAGCCGUACAUUUUUCGCACAAUUGAAAUUCUUGUAUUUUUUUGUUUGUUUUUGUAUGCCUGUAUAUUUUUAAUAUAUAUAUUUAAUAUGUUUUUUAUUCAUGUUGACUGUAUAUAUUAACUUGUUAAAUUGUCAUAUUUCUCAUUUUACUUAUUAAUUUUAGUUUAGUUGGCGCUCUGUGUACAACGUGCUACACUGGGCAAGUAUUCAUUGUAACCGGUAUACCUUAUAUCAUUGAAUAGUUAGACAGUAUGACAAUAUAAGAAAUCUUCUUAUGUAUGAUUAAAAGAAAAAAAAACAAAAAGAAAAAAAAAGAGAGACAUUUUUCUAAGCUCGAACUCGUGUUGAGGUGUACAUAGUAUUCUAUUCUUUAUGUUUUACCUUUUUAGUCCAUUGUUGAACUCAAAAAAAAAAGGAACGUCACUCUCGCAUGAUCAUAGACAAACAGUACUUUUCUUAUACUUAAGUUAUUGAUAUAAGUGACGCUUCUUCACUCGACGGUUUUAUAAUGGCUAAAAUCUUUAAUAAAGACAUCUGUAUCACUUUUGAUCAAUUUUUAUUCAUGUACCAGCUUUAUUCAUAACAUAAAUAUUUGUUUCUACGUGUUAUAAUGUUUUGCUGCUAAACGCCAUAUUGCGUAUUUCGCGCGUUUCACACAUGUUCCUUCACGACGUCGCUUCUGCUAAUAACUAUUGAAUGAUCGGGUGGCUUGUUUGUUGAUUUUAUGAUGGCAUUCAGCUUUUACAAAUCUAAAAAUGUUAAUUAUUAUGCAGUUUGAUAACAGUAUGUUCCAAAUAUGUAUAUGUUUUAAUGUGUAACCAUCUGUAGAUAAAAUUUUUGUUAUUAUUAUUAUUAUCAUCAUUAUCAUUAUGCAGGUGAGUCGAUUGACAAUACAGCCUGGCCACCAUCAUUUUAAAUGAUGGCAGGUUUCGAUGCUACCCAUUGGCAGUUUCUUUGAUAAUUAAUACUAAAUGUUACCUUUGUUACUGUUUAUUAUAUGAAUAAUGAUAUACUUGCUUACGUUAAAAACUUUAGGAAAGUCGGUUGUUAUUUUGUGCUUGCUUGAUGUAAUUUAUAGACAGGAUCUUCUUCCAUAAGCAAAGCAGGAAAGUUGCCAUGUGACCUUUAUAGUGUCAAUGUGAUUUGAAAUAAAAUAAAACAACAACAACAACAACUAAAAUACCCUUAAAUACAUAUAUUAAAUAUCGCUUAACUCGUUUUAGAAAGGUAGGCACAUUCCCAGAUAGUGUCAUUAUAAUUAUGUUCGCAAGAUUUUAUAAUAUUUUAUAUUUGUUAUGAUAUUUGUCUAGUUAUUUGUGUAUACAACACUAAUAUAACAUAUAAGAUUGUCACACGUGCAUGUUUUAGAAGAAAUUACUCUUAUUCAGAUGUAAUUUACACAUAUUUUUCUUUCCGUGUUGCAACCUUAAUAAAUAAAUAAAAUUUA